UUGACACGUCAACCCGCACUGAAACGUCAAAAUUUCGCCGAAACAAAAAUGAAAAUUAUUCAAAAUCUGUGUCACCGUGUAAAGAUCGAGUCCGGUUUCGGGGCGGACUUUUCCAAGCCUGGGGCACGCAAUUACAAUUAAGAGGAAAAUCGACGCGAAACAUGCAAACGGAUCGAAAGUUUGUUUUAAAAUGCAUAGUAAAUAUUUUAAUUACAAAGACGAUUGGUAAAUGCAGUGGCGCGCCGCGGCAUGAAGGCCACGAUGCGAGAUAUUUUUGUUAAUAUGCCCAAAAGACCGACGUCUAGGUGACAGUGAGAUAACUUGGUUAUAAGGUGAAAGAAUUUCGACCACAAUGCCGGGGGGUAGGAGAGGGCUUGUCGCACCUCAGAAUACCUUUUUGGAGAAUAUCAUACGAAGAUCAAACCAACAACCCGAUAGUAGCUUCCUGUUGGCCAACGCACAGAUCGUGGAUUACCCGAUAGUGUACUGUAACGAGUCGUUUUGCAAGAUUUCCGGCUACAACAGGGCGGAGGUGAUGCAGAAAUCUUGCAGAUGUGCCUUCAUGUUUGGGGAACUUACGGAUAAGGAGACAAUCAGUAGGAUAGAUCAUUGUUUAGAAAGUCAGCUGCACGAUCAGUUCGAGAUUCUGCUUUACAAAAAAAACAAAACGCCGCUAUGGCUGCUACUACAGAUUUCGCCGAUAAAAAACGAACGGGACCUGGUGGUGUUGUUCCUUUUGACCUUCAGGGAUAUCACGGCAUUAAAACAGCCGAUCGAAACGGACGACUCCAAAGGGGGUUUAUCCAAAUUCGCAAAACUUGCCCGGUCCGUGACAAGAAGCCGCUCGGUGUUGGUGUCCCAGUUUUCAUCCCACCUACCGAAUCUUAAGGACACGACGAAGCAGUCGCAUUUGGCACAAAUGAUGAGCCUGAGUGCAGACAUCAUGCCGCAAUAUCGUCAAGAGGCGCCGAAAACUCCGCCACACAUUUUGCUUCAUUAUUGCGCGUUCAAAGCGAUCUGGGACUGGAUUAUCCUGUGCUUAACUUUUUACACUGCUAUUAUGGUUCCUUACAACGUAGCGUUUAAGAACAAAACAUCCGAAGAUGUUUCCCUGUUGGUUGUUGACUCAAUCGUGGAUGUGAUAUUCUUUAUCGAUAUAGUGUUAAAUUUUCACACCACCUUCGUCGGACCGGGCGGCGAGGUCGUUUCCGACCCCAAAGUGAUCCGAAUGAACUACCUCAAGAGCUGGUUCAUUAUCGACCUAUUAAGUUGUCUGCCAUACGACGUGUUCAACGCAUUCGAUCACGACGAAGACGGAAUAGGAAGUUUAUUCAGUGCAUUAAAGGUAGUCCGACUUCUUAGAUUAGGACGUGUAGUUCGAAAAUUAGAUCGAUAUUUGGAGUACGGGGCUGCGAUGUUAAUACUUUUGCUUUGCUUCUAUAUGCUGGUCGCUCAUUGGUUAGCGUGCAUUUGGUAUUCGAUAGGAAGAUCCGACGCGGACAACGGCGUCCAAUACAGUUGGCUCUGGAAACUGGCCAAUAUCACCCAAAAUCCGUAUUCUUACGUGUGGCCGAACGACUCCAGUACUCCCGAACUCAUCAACGGUCCAUCCAGGAAGACCAUGUACGUCACCGCGUUGUACUUCACGAUGACCUGUAUGACGUCCGUUGGGUUUGGCAACGUGGCAGCCGAAACCGACAACGAGAGGAUAUUUACCAUUUGCAUGAUGAUCAUUGCGGCACUACUUUACGCGACUAUAUUCGGUCAUGUGACGACAAUUAUUCAGCAAAUGACGUCAGCGACUGCAAAAUACCACGACAUGCUGAACAAUGUUCGAGAGUUUAUGAAACUACACGAAGUCCCGAAGGCUUUAUCAGAACGGGUCAUGGAUUACGUGGUAUCCACGUGGGCGAUGACAAAGGGCCUCGACCAGGAUAAGGUUCUAAACUUUUGUCCGAAGGACAUGAAAGCGGAUAUAUGUGUCCACUUGAACAGGAAAGUGUUCAACGAACAUCCGGCCUUUCGUCUGGCGUCUGACGGUUGUCUCAGAGCUUUGGCGAUGCAUUUCACCAUGUCACAUUCCGCACCCGGCGAUUUGCUCUAUCACACCGGAGAGUCGAUAGAUUCUUUGUGCUUUAUAGUGACAGGUUCGUUGGAAGUGAUACAAGACGACGAGGUUGUUGCUAUUUUGGGCAAAGGCGACGUGUUUGGCGACUCCUUCUGGAAAGACAACGCCGUCGGUCAAUCAGCUGCGAACGUCCGCGCUUUAACUUACUGUGAUUUACACACGAUAAAGAGAGACAAACUGUUGGAAGUGUUGGAUUUUUAUCAAGCGUUCGCGAACAGUUUCGCCCGUAACUUGAUUUUGACUUACAACUUACGGCACCGUCUCAUAUUUCGCAAAGUGGCGGACGUGAAACGGGAGAAAGAGCUCGCGGAACGCCGAAAAAACGAACCGCAGCUGGACCAAAAUCAGGACCAUUUGGUGAGGAAAAUAUUCUCCAAAUUCCGAAGGGACAGAAGUCAGAACGCAGCUACCGCGGCAGCGGCAUCGGCAACGUCGCAAUCCGAUAUCGAGAAAGGGGAAGACGGCGACAAGAUUACCAGGGUGAUGUCCACCACGAAACUUUCGUCGGUGGCCGAGAAAGACGACAGUAGCGGAGGUGGAGUCAAGACCAGUGUCGCUCGUCCGUCGUCCGUAAGGGGCAGCAAAUGGGGUAGACUACUAGGAUCAGCAAGUCUGGACUCGGGUUCGGAAACCUCAAACCAAACGGCCGUGGCGUUUCAGCGAAGUCUCAGCGCCAAAGAUCCCAAAGAUCGUCCCAGUUCGUCUUCGUCAGGCAGCUCGGGAAGCCAACCAACCGCCGGAUCUGGCAACAAAAUCUUUCCCAAAUUGCAGAAAGUAUCGGCAACGUCUAGCCCAGCAAUAACUAGGCAAGACACGAUCGACGAGAUGGUUGAGGUGGAACCUCCGAGGAACUUGUCGUUGAGGAAGAUGCAGAGUUACGAUUGCGGUUUGAGGGAUCCCUCGACCGCGUCCAUGUAUCAGACAGCCGUCCCAGAACCCAUCGCUCCAAUAGAAUAUAAAGAGUUAAUAACUAAUCUUAUGGAUUUUAAGGUAGAUGUAAAGCUCGAAAUUCAAAAGUUGAACCAAAAGAUGAACCGUAUGGAGGAAAUGAUGUCGGAAAUACUGAAACGCCUCGGACCUGACAGCGGGUCCAGUUCGCACUCGCCAAACGAUUCGAGCGAAACGGUGACCAAGAAGUCUUCCAGCGUGUCCUUGGAGAGGCCUACCGAUUUGUUGACGAAAUCGUCCAUGUCCUCCGAAGCCACGGGUAUAGGACCAAUUAUUCUGAAAAAACGAAGGUCGAAAACCAGGAUGAAAGGAUCCGCUCCCCAGGUACCUACUCCGUCUAGUGCAAGGGUCACUUCUCCGGGAAGUUCAACGGCGAGCCCGACGGAAGCGACGAAGAUGCUGGGGGAAUCCCUACAUACGCCGUCCUCAAAAAUGCCCAAAGAGUAUCUAUAGCCGUAUUUAUAUCGUAGCGUAACUGAUAAGCUUUAAAUGAAUAACAUUAGAUUAUUUAUGUUUGAUUUCAAAUGCAGGACAGAUUGUUCUGCGCAAAACGUUAGAAUCUGAAGGAAUUCUUUAUCAGAUACGCACCGCAUUGCUUAACAUGCGUUAAUAUGGCCUGUUUCAGAAAUGUUCGUUGAUCUGUGCAAUACGUUACACCCUUAGCCUUAAAUAAUAGACACGGGAUAAUUUAGUUAAUCCUUCCAUAGAGAGAUACAGAUAGGUACAGAUUUUGGAUGUUUGGAUUUAGGCGAUACUUGCAAAAAAAUAAAAAGCUUGUAUCACAAAGUAGCAACAAUCUUGACUUAUGAAAUGAGACGUCCUAUAUAUUGAUCCGUUAUCAAUUCUUUUACACUGUUCUCUACUGGCUUUCGAAAUAUUAAUCAAUUUCCAUUUGCGGUUCAGCAUACUUGGAAUUUGUGUUAAAUUUUUUUAUUCUCAUUGGUGCUAAAAUGUGGAACUUUUGCUGGUUGUAGCUAGUCCAUACUCGCUAUAAACAAUUAGCAAAACUAUUUUUAACCAUUGUUCACAUUUUAAAUUAUUUCUAUUCAUUUAAAUCAGAUUUGAAAAUAAGCCAAUUUCUAUAGAAAAUUGCUUUUUUUUUGGAAAACUUUAACCAAUUUGAUAUUAUUGGAAUAUGAUAUAUAUCUUGUGAAAGGGAAUUUAAUUAAUUAUUAUUAUUAUUAUUAUUAUUAUUAUUAUUAUUAUGGUCCAUUUAAAAAAUGCACUUUUAUUGCUAGGUUUCAAUUUAAAUGUUAUCUCUAUACGUACCAAUCAGUCCAGUGUACAAGAACUCUUUUUAGUAAUGAAGUAAAAUAUUGUAAGCACAUAAUAUGUAUUUUGAAAGGUUAUUUCAAAAAUAAACUUCACUUUUUCUACAUAAUCAAUAUGUUGCUUACGGAGAUAAUUACCAUUUUAUAUCAAAUAAAUUAUUUUGAAAAUAUUGCAGUUUUAGCUAUUUUAUGUUAAAAGUAAUUUUAUAGAGUGUAAGUCGUUCCGAACCUAACAAAAACUUAAGAAAAUUAAUCAGAACGAUCAUUUCAAAAUUUUAGGUUAAAUUAAUUGAGUUUCCAUACAAAUUGGUAUCAGUGUUUUGCUAUCUUUUUUUUUCAUACAACAAUAUAAAAAAAUGAAAAUAUUGGGAGCACGUGGAGGAUCAUACAAAUUCUCCAACUAGCUAUAAAAUGUGAUUUGCUUGACUGUUCUCAAAAAAAUUAUAAAAGUUCCAAUAACUUUUUGGAUUGAUUUCUUGUACUAAUUCUGAGAGAACAGCUCUAAAUUCUACAUAAAAAGUUAUUUGCUGUUCACUAAAAUAUCAAAUACUUGGAGUACCUUAAACAGACAUGUUAACAAUCUCAAAAACCAAAAAAGCCAUCCAAAUUCCAUUUUCACCAUUGUUUAUUUGACAAAAAAGUAGCACGACACCUACUGCGCAUCUUCUUACAUUUAAAGAUAAGUGAGAUAAUAACAAAUGCGAUGCACGCUGAUGUUAGGGUGAAUUAUUGAAUUGCACAAUCGGCGCAUAAUGCUGAAACGGAUAGUACAAGGAUUUUGUAAAGACAUGUAUUUUGACUAUGCUGUCCUAUGUAUAAGUCGAAAGGCUAAUGCGCAACUCAUACACUGUUCACAACAAUUUACACAAACUAUUUAUAUGACUGAUUGCAACAAAACUUUCUUUCGGCUGCCAGGACCGCUGCAGGUGAUUUUGGAGUUUUAUUUUAAUCUAAUUGUUUCCAUAAUAUGAAAAUUGGCGAUUUAAUAUUAUGUUAGAAAGACACAAAAAAUUAUACAUUUUUCAAAAAACUUCCGCAGGCUACUGUAGUACUAUUUACAAAUUUUCCAGAUUUCUCCUGCAUUCGUUGUAUAUAAAUGAUGCUGAUGUUUUGCCAAUCAUCCUGUGGCUUCUUCAGAGUUUGUUCUGUGUUUUUAAGUUGUUGUUGUUGUCUUGCGGACAUUUGCAAAACACUGUAUAAUAUAACGCCGAUUUCUAAUUAAACAAAACGAAUUUAAGUUUUUAAUUAAUUUUAUAGAAAAAUGAAAGAUGGAUUAAAUUAACCAAAUAAAAAAUAUAGCAACUAUAGGGCGUUAACUGUGUAGUUGUGUAGAGUUGAAUAGUGUAUCGGUUGUGGUUCAAGCUUGGGUUAUAGAAUACUCCGGUUGAAGAUUCAUGUGGCGGUUAAUGUUUCUUGUUUAAUAUAAGUAAUACAAUACAAAUAUUGCAAGGCAUUGUAAUUUGACGAGAGCUUUGAAAGAUUGUCUAGUGUUAGUCUGUUCGAGGCCGACUUCUAUGUGGCACAUUGCAGAUUUUAAUUUUUGCCAUCUUCAUGAUUAUGAAAUUAAAUAUUUUAUAUUUUUAAUUUAUAUCGACAUCUCAUAGGCCAGAUGAUGGCACAGAAGGUCAUUUUUUCAGGAGGGCAAAAAAUCCUAGUAACAUUUUAAUUACAGCACUCUUAUGUAAUGUGUUUUCAUUAUAGGAUUAUUUAUUUUAUUUUAUUAUUUUAAUUCAAUUUUAAACAUCACGUGGGCUUAGAUUUUUCUUAUUAGAUUGUUGUUAUUUCUGAUGGUACAUUUAUUUUAACAAGAUUUUCUAACUCAAAGCUGAGUUUGAUAUAACUGAGACUUUUUUGGCAACGUUAACAGUUCAUAUUAGUCGUGGUCCCAAAAUGUGUAGUAGUUUUAAACCAUCACUGUUCUUGGAAAAUAAUGUUGAAUGUUUUUAAAGUUAACUGGUUUGGAAAGUCAAUUUCUUUGUUUUUAUGUAGCGCCUCUCUUGUUGUUGUUGGUAUUGUGUGUUAUUUCAUUUGGCCUGUGACGGUAUGACAUUAUUUAUGAAAUCAGUAAAGUAUUCCAUAUAACCCAUGCUUUAAUGUUGUUUAGCUGCAGAUUGAAAAUUAUACAGGGUGUGGAUAGAAGAAUAUUACAUGAGAAAGAUGUUCGAAAAAUUGAGUAGAUAUUCAAAUUAGAACCUUUCUUGAGAUUUCGAAAUUUAAAACAAAAUAAAAGAAAUUAAUCUGCCGUGGCUCAAAUUAGACAAGCGAUGCUGAAUUUAGUGAAACUUUCGUUAAUGUUAAAUUUAUAUUAUAAAGCGUGCUAUUUGAACUUGAAGCACCCAGUAUAAAGGAACUGACACUGUGAUUAAAUAGUCAACUCCACAAGUACUCGAACAUAAAAGCACAGGUUGAUUCGAUCCAAACUUUAAAAGGAAUAUUACGAUUAGGUCUAUUGAAUUAGAGCUAUACUAUAACUAAUAUAAAAAUAUGCAAAUAUGGUUAAAAAUAGAAUAAAAACUUUUCUAUCCUAAUUCGAGAUCAUAGCAGAUUUUAUAAUUUUGUUCGUCUAUCACAAAAGCACUUUUCCGAUGAAGUGACACCGAGUUAUAAAAUACUUUAUUCUAGAUACCGGAUACGAUAACGAUUAUUUUAACGAAAUGUUUAAAAAUAAGAUUGUAAUAAGCGCUUUAUAAACGUCACGAGAAAUCCAAAGAUUUUAACCCGUAGCAACACUAGACAUCCACGUAGGCCGCGUACUAUUUUUAUAAUCGGCAGAUCAAAAAGAUAGGUCCUCCAUUCGUUAUUGUAACUUCCAACUGAUUUUGUAGAAAAUUCAUACAAAAAGGACACAAAAAAGAAUGCAAAAAAUGUACUUAAAAGCACAUGUCACAAAAGUGUUAUCUUUCUCAUCAGACCAGACCAGUAUGCUCAGUUAGGUGUGAAGUCAUCCAUUUGGUUGCGCGUUUAGGUUCCAAUCUAAGUAGUCCCUAGGUUUCCUCUUCUGACAUCUUGAUUUGUGCCUGUGGCUACAUAGCAUGCACUGGAAAGGUAAUUUUGAAUGAUACAGCUCUGAAUGUUUUUCUUUAAAGCGAACUCGUUAUAAUCAGGAGCUAAUGUUUUCCGCAUAUUGAUACAAGUUUAAUCUAAGGGCAAACCAAAGAGUUCAGUUUCACCUCACAUUCACACUUGUUAUCAUUAAUAUCAUUAUCACACUCAGUAAUGUUGAUUCCUAUGCAGCAAUGAAUGCUGCGACUCAAAACGGGGUAUCUUUAUUUUCCUGUGAAAGUUAGUCUAGGCUCAAUUUCAAUCAAAAUACAUUAGUUUGGCCCAAGAGCGAUACAACUGCCUUUUUUGCGACUCGCCUAUAGUAUUCCAAAAUUCCUUUUAGUCUCCCAAAUACCAAUACUAUGUGGAAGACACAAAAAUUAUAAAACUUUUCAAUUUAAAUUGUCUGUAAUAAUCAGUGGGUUUGAGGCUACAAAAAAAAGCUUUCAAUACUCACAAAACUAUCAGGAGCUUAUUUAAACAAAACAGCAAUUUGUUAAUCUUGUGGAUUGUUAAUAUUGCGAUUAAAGAAUACAGAUGUCGAAAUCAUACGCACUAAUAGGUUUUAAAAAAAAGAUUAGCACAUUAAUGAAAACAAAUUUUAAAAACUACUUUAAGAAAUGUUUUUACGAUGCAGCUACUUCUUAGGUGCAAUAUCGAGUAAAUAAUCUCAAUUCCAAGGAAUCAUAAAUAUAAAAGGAAUUACUGGUACAAAUUAUUGCUUUUGAGAUCCACCCUUCGUACAGAAUUCAAACUUGAUAUGCCGAUAAUAAAAAACAACUUUCGCUUCAUGAAAGGACCACCACCAUUUCUAAAUCUAAACGUGAAUGUUGAGUGAGAACAUUCCUCAAACACUACUACUUGUCAAUUUAAAGUGAGUAAUCAUCUAGACGUCUAACUCAUGUUUUAAAAUUAAAAACACUGCAGUGUUUCGGUAUUUUUGUAUAUUCAACUCGAGAUUAAGCAAUGUCUAGUUCAACCGCGUGCAAUAUAAAGCUCGUCGCUACAUCGAAAUUUUGAUAAUAACUCUCGAUUUAGUUUUUUUUUCUUAUCAAUAUAAUAUUCAGUAAGUUUCAGGCGUGGUCCUGAUUAGUAAAAAGCAUUACAUUGUAAAUAUGUAAAAUUUUAUUGCUAACACCUAGCUGACAGAUUUCUAUGAACAUUAUAGGGUUGUAUUAAGAUGCACCACUUAUUCUAAAUUUAAAUUUGGUUCCUAAUCGUUUUCAAACAAAAACUAACUUCAUUCCAUUCUUUUGAAUUUAUUUUUUUACAGCAAUGCCACUUUUAAAUUUACAGCAAUAAUAGGGUAUACUUUUGGUGUGUGUAUAUAAUUUUUAUAUUUUGAGUUGUAUAUUUUUUUCUUGUGAUAUGAACUUUACAGAAUCAAACCGCAGGGUCGGUUAGCGUACUAACCGCGAAAUAUUGGCUUUC